ACUGCUGCUUCUGCAUAUUCUGGUUUCUGACAUGAACAUCUCUCACUCUCUUAAGUGGCUGCUAAAUCUAACGGGAGAAAUAAAGACAGACACUACACAGAGAUUCCUGGGCCAAGUUAACACCAAGCAAACAUAAAUAAGAAAAGAUUUCAGCAAGUAAACCAAAUGGGUGAAGCAAGCUUGAAGAAAAGAAAGGGAGAAGACAACAAAAAAGAGGAUGGACAGUCCAUUCAGAGCCAUGAGCCCCAAACGAUGAGCCUACAAAAGGAGGUUGGCCUCAUCAGUGGAAUCUGUAUGAUUGUUGGAACAAUUAUUGGCUCAGGCAUCUUUGUUUCUCCAAAAUCAGUACUUGCCAAUGUGGGAGCUGUGGGUCCUUGUUUAACCAUGUGGGCAGCCUGUGGAAUUCUUGCAACCUUAGGUGCACUUUGCUUUGCUGAGCUCGGUACAAUGAUCACAAAAUCUGGGGGAGAAUACCCUUACCUUAUGGAGGCCUUCGGCCCAAUUCCAGCGUUUUUGUUUUCUUGGACAAGCUUACUGGUCACCAAACCCAGCUCAUUUGCAAUCAUUUGUCUCAGCUUUGCGGAAUACACAUUAGCUCCUUUUUAUCCCGGCUGUGAUCCACCCCAAGUCGCCAUCAAGUGUCUUGCAGCAGCUGCCAUCGUGAUAAUUACAACAGUGAAUUCACUGAGUGUGAAGCUGGGAAGCUAUCUCCAGAAUUUUCUCACGGCUGCUAAAAUGAUCAUUGUCACAAUCAUUAUUGUAAGUGGAAUUGUUCUCCUUGCACAAGGAAAAACAGAAAAUUUUAAAGAUUCUUACAAGGACAGUUCAGUUUCUUUUGGAUCUAUUGGUUUGGCAUUUUAUAAUGGACUCUGGGCAUAUGAUGGAUGGAAUCAACUCAAUUACAUCACAGAAGAACUUAAAAAUCCUUACAGAAAUCUACCGCUAUCUAUAAUUAUUGGAAUCCCCUUGGUUACAGUUUGUUACGUUCUGAUAAACAUUUCAUAUUUCACCGUAAUGACUUCAACAGAACUCCUGCAGUCCCGGGCAGUUGCUGUGACAUUCGGAAACAGAGUCCUUUAUCCAGCCUCUUGGAUAGUUCCUCUCUUUGUGGCCUUUUCUACAAUUGGAUCUGCCAAUGGGACCUGUUUUACUGCAGGCAGACUUGUUUAUGUUGCAGGUCGUGAAGGGCACAUGCUAAAGUUGCUAUCUUACAUUAGUGUCAAGCGUUUAACACCAGCCCCCGCUAUCAUAUUUUAUGGGAUCAUUGCUAUUAUUUAUAUUAUCCCCGGUGACAUUGAAACACUCAUAAAUUACUGCAGUUUUGCAAUAUGGAUAUUUUAUGGUUUAACUGUCCUUGGACUCAUUGUUAUGAGGUUUACAAGAAAGGACCUCAACAGACCAGUCAAGAUACCUACCAUCAUUCCAGUUGCAGUGACAUUAGCCUCCAUUUUACUGAUACUGGCACCAGUCAUCAGUGCACCUGAACUGGCCUAUUUGUACUGUGUUUUAUUUAUAGGUAGUGGACUUAUAGUUUAUGUACUUUUUGUUUACUUUAAAUUCAACUGGCCCCAAAAAAUAUCAAAGCCCAUCACUAUGCACCUUCAGAUGCUUCUGGAAGUUGCUCCAGCAGAGGAAGUUACUGAAUAGUGUAUUUUUUAUGUUGUUUUUGAGUGGUUAAAGGAGAUUCACUUGAGUUUUGCACACAUUUAUACUUUCUAAAAUUGUGUUCAUACUGGUGUAUUGUUUUUGCAACACUUUAGUACUUGAAAAAUGUUAAAUAUGCAAGAAUAAAAGAUUUCUGAGCCAGA